AUGGCGCAAUUGCAUCAAGAAGAGCCAGAAGAUACACGAGCUGAACGCAAUGAAGUCAGAAGAUUAGAACAACGACAAUCACGCCGUUUCACAGUCAAUAGACGAAGAACAAAUGACCAACAACGACAACAGGUACAUCGAGCAUUUAUAUCUGAUUCAUUCCUGCGUCUAGCAUUCCAGUAUGAGCCCGAUAUUGAAUAUUAUGCUCAUUCAAAAGUGGUAAUUGGUGCUAUGGACAAGGAAUGUCCGCAUUGUCAUGCUCUGAAAUUCAAAAAUGAGCCAGCUGGGAUGUGUUGCGCGUCAGGAAAAGUGCAACUACCUGAAAUUGAAACACCACCUGAACCAUUGAACGGCUUACUUAUCGGCACGGAUCCAGAUUCUAACGUGUUCCUGAAGUCAAUUCGAAGAUUCAAUUCAUGCUUUCAAAUGACAUCGUUCGGAGCAACAGAAAUAGUUCGAAAUACUAAUGCAAAUGGUCAACAAUUCAAUUCUACACUCAAAAUCAGAGGCCAAGUUUAUCAUAAAAUGGGCUUACUGCUGCCAAUGCCAAACGAACCACAUAAAUUCUUACAAAUCUACUUUAUGGGCGGCGAGGAUUCCGGAAGCGCACUUGCCAAUCGCGUGAAUGCACGUUGUGAUUAUAAUAACCUUGAUUCACUUUAUGCCAGGCGCAUCGUCAGCGAGCUAGAUGCUCUUUUGAACGAGCACAACGAGUUGUUGAAAAUAUUCAAAUCACAUAUGCACCAAUUACAAAGCGAUAAUCACGCUAUCGUCAUUAAUCCUGAUAAAACACCAGCUGGAGAGCAUAUUCGUAGAUUCAAUGCACCCGUUGUUGAUGAUGUUGCUGGAAUCAUGGUUGGCGAUUGUACAGCUGCACGAGAAAUUGUGAUUGGAGCUGAAACAAACAAGAACGUUAACUCAAAGGAUUAUUAUGCGUACCGAUUAAUGAUUAGACGUGGCCUGGACAACGUCAUUUUACGAUGUCGUGAGCUUUGUCAACAAUUCAUGGUCGACAUGUACGCGAAGAUUGAGAGCGAACGACUACGAUACUUACGAUAUAAUCAACAAAAGCUGCGCGCGGAAGAGUACAUUCAUUUGCGAGACGCUAUCAACAACAACGCCGACGUCGCCGAAAUUGGUAACCAUGUCAUUUUACCAUCAUCGUACGUAGGCAGUCCAAGGCAUAUGCAAGAAUAUAUACAGGAUGCUCUGACUUUCGUGCGCGAAUAUGGACGGCCAUGUUUAUUUAUCACGUUCGCAUGUAAUCCAAAAUGGCCAGAGAUUACAUCUUUGCUACUGCCUGGCCAAAAUGCAAUACAUCGCCAUGACAUUACAGCACGUGUGUUCAGACAAAAGUUGAAGUCUUUAAUAAGUUUCAUUACUAAAUCACAUGUAUUUGGUCCCACAUGUUGCUGGAUGUAUUCGGUUGAGUGGCAAAAGCGAGAAUUACCUCAUGCACACAUUUUGGUUUGGUUCAUCGACAAAAUCCGUCCUGAAGAAAUCGAUAGCAUCAUUUCUGCGGAAAUUCCAGAUCCAUCCACUGACCAACUGCUGUUUGAUAUUGUUACAACAAACAUGAUUCAUGGUCCAUGUGGUACUCUUAAUAGUUCAUCGCCUUACAUGGCUGAUGGAAAAUGUACUAAAAAUUUCCCUAAAGAUUUUACCAAUGAUACGGUCACAAAUGUCGACGGAUACCCAAUAUAUCGUCGAAGAAAUCCUGAAAAUGGCGGACAAUCAUUUAUUAAAAAUAUCAUCAACACAGACAUUGAUAUUGACAAUCGUUGGGUGGUGCCAUAUUCGCCUCUGCUGAGCAAAACAUAUAAUGCUCAUAUUAAUGUUGAGUUCUGCAGUUCUGUGAAGAGCAUCAAAUACAUUUGCAAGUAUGUCCAUAAAGGCAGUGAUAUGGCUGUGUUUAGAGUGGAAAAUACUAAUGUGAAUGCUCCUCCAGUGAAUAAAAACGAUGAAAUAACGCUCUACCAAAUUGGUCGGUACAUCAGCUCCAAUGAAGCUGCUUGGCGUAUCUUUGGUUUUCCAAUUCAUGAACGGGAUCCAGCAGUUGUUCAGUUAGCCAUCCAUCUUGAAAACGGUCAGCGUGUAUUUUUCAUGAACGAGACAGCGAUUGAUCGUGCAAUAAAUCCACCGAAAACUACACUCACUGCAUUUUUUGAAUUGUGUAAUCGUGCGGAUGAUUUUGAUAUACGUAAAGUGAAUGGGCAACAAUAUCCAACGUAUAAAGAUGCAUGCCUUGCACUCGGCUUGCUGGAAGACGACAACCAGUGGGAAUGCAUGCUUGCUGAAGCUGCAUUAAACUGUACAGCAAUACAAAUUCGUCUACUAUUCGCUAUAGUGUUGACUACAUGUUUCCCAGCCCGAGCACAGAUAUUAUGGGAAAAUCACAAAGAUUCAAUGACUGAUGAUAUAUUGCAUCAACAUCGUAUACGGUGCCACGAUCUAAUCAUAACAUUCAGCGACGAAAUGUACAAUGAAGCAUUGAUUGCUAUUGAGGAUCUUUGCAUUGUCAUUGCCAACUUACCACUUAGUAAUUUCGGUAUGAAUUCGCCAAAUCGAACUGCAUCUGAUUUAAUGAAUACUGAAAUGAAUCGUGAACUGCAGUACAGUACUGUAGAAAUGGCAGCGAUUGUUGCCCGCAAUGUCCCACUAAUGAAUGAGGAACAAAGAACCAUUUAUGAUCGCAUUAUGCUCGCAGUUUCAGCUGGACAAGGUGAGUUCUUCUUUUUGGAUGCACCGGGUGGAACUGGCAAAACAUUCGUUAUUUCGCUAAUUCUUGCUGAAAUACGAUCAAAUAAUGGCAUCGCAUUGGCCGUUGCAUCAUCGGGCAUUGCAGCAACUUUAUUGGAUGGAGGUAGAACAGCUCAUUCAGUAUUUAAGCUGCCACUAAAUAUUCAGAAUAACCCUGACGCAGUAUGCAACAUUAAGAAACAAUCGUCCAUGGCCACUGUGCUGAAACGGUGUAAAAUUAUUAUUUGGGAUGAAUGUACUAUGGCACACAAACAUUCACUUGAGGCGUUGAACAGGACAUUGAAAGAUAUUAAAAACAGUGACAAACUAUUUGGCGGAACUCUGUUGGUCGUUUCAGGUGAUUUCAGACAAACACUUCCAGUCAUUCCAUGUUCAUUGUUGAAAAAUUACAGCUAA